AUGGCACCUCCUUCAGCUAAAACCAAGGCCAAAUUCGACCAGUUUCUAUCCAAGGUCGAACACAUCACUCGACACGAUCAAGAUCCUUUCCAGGUAAAGAUCGAGAACUUCAUCGGCUAUACGCAUGUCCCCGUUGGAUUAGCUGGACCUCUACAUAUUCGCACGUUCCCCGGGCACGACAAGGAGAUAUGUGCACCCAUGGCAACCACCGAGGCGGCCCUGAUUGCCAGCUGUUGUCGAGGAUGCAAGGCUAUUAAUGCGUGCGGCGGGUCGAGGGAUGCGUUUCAGUUUGCGCACGCACUCCCUCAUCUGAAAGAGUCCUUUGCACAAGUCGCCGAAACCACCAGCAAGCACCUCCGCCUGCAAAGUGUGACCCCGUAUACGAUCGGGCACUGUGUCCAUACCCUCUUCAGCUUCGCAUGCGGGGAUGCAUCGGGACAGAAUAUGGUGACGAUAGCUACCGAGCAUGUCUGCGCCUGGGUGUCGAGAACCCUGGCUAGCGAAUACGGAAUUGUAGAGUCCUAUGUGGAAGGCCAAAUGUCCUCGGACAAAAAGCCGUCCUGGGGGAAUGUGACGGCGGCCCGGGGAGUUGAAGUCACGGCCUGGACAUCGCUAUCCGACUCGGCUUGCCAGCAAAUUUUGGGCUGCUCGUCCGCACACAUCUAUGAUUUUCUCCAGAUGGUCCAGGAAGCCUCCAUCCGUAACGGACAACAUGGCAGCAACAUCAACGUUGCCAAUGUGUUGGCCGCAAUCUUCAUCGCCACGGGUCAAGAUGCGGCAAGCAUCACAGAUGCCUCGUGGGCCCAUCUAACUCCGGAGUAUGAUACCGAGGUGCAGCGAGUGACGCUGAGUCUCUACUUCCCCUCUCUUCCGGUGGGGGUGGUGGGAGGGGGCACUGUAUACGCUACCCAACAGGAAGCGUUGCGGAUCAUGCAAUGCGAUGGACCCGGAGGCAAGCUCCAGUUGGCCGGGUGUAUCGCCGCAUUUGCUCUGGCCCUAGAGGUCAGUACGACUUCAUCCGUCGUGACGAAUACCUUUGCUCGGAGUCAUGCGCGGUUGGCGCGGGGGGAGGCCGAACUAAGGCCGGAGUCGAAGAUGUGA